AUGGCCCCUUUAAGAGGAAAAAGCCCUGCCGUGUCCGCUGUGAUACAAGACGUCAUUUCCCAGCGCCCUUCACAAGACAGCAGUCGCCUUGAACAUCUAGGAGGGAUGCCCUGCGUGCGGGCCUAUGGCACUGCUCUGGGUCAUUGUGAAGGGAAGAAGCGCGUGGAGACGUUGUUCCCACAGCCCAGAAGCCGGUCUGCGGUGGUCCCCGGCUUUGUCGCCUGUCCUCCCUUGGCCACCCACCUCUGUUGCCAGUUCCCGAUGGUGGCGGCCGCGAUGACGAGCCUGGCUUUGGCUCCCGUGUCCAGCCGCAGGUGGGACGUCCAGUCCAAAGGGACCCGCACUGGCAAAGGCGAGGGGGCGCGGCGCCCCGAGAGCGCUUGGGAGAUUGGGGUCUCCAGGAACUCAGAAGUGACUGCCGAUUCUAAACAGGGACAGGUGACCUUUGAGGACGUGUUCGUGUACUUCUCCCCAGAGGAGUGGGGGCUACUUGAUGAGGCUCAGAGACUUCUGUACCGGGAUGUGAUGCUGGACAACUUUGCCCUCAUGGACUCGCUGGGUAAGGCCCUCGCACUCACCCCAGUGUCCGUGAACUGGACUCUGCCCUUCCCCAGCUCCUGGAGAAGGCCCGCGGGAUGCAAGGAUGGAGGCACCUCUGGUCAGCUCACUGAUGACAGCUACCUGGCCCUCUCCCUGAGUGGCUUUGUUCACCUAGCUGGCCUUCCCUUCCUCAGCUCCCUCGAGGAACUGCAGGGUGCCGUCAGCACCAGUAACUCAGUUGGAAGUGGACUUUCUGAUCCUGGACACAGAGACCUGCAAAGCUCUGUGGCCAGCAGCUUGUCUCCACUAGAGCCCAUGUGUGGUGACUUCACCGGAGCUUGUUGGCGGGGAGAGGACCAGGAGGAGGAGGAGACACCGUCCACGCACAGGGUCUCUAUGGGAGUGUUAGGGGUCAGGACUCCACAGGCAGCACUGUCCACUCAGAAGGCCGCUUCCUGUGAGACCUGCGACCCAGUCUUGAAGGACAUUUUACAGCUGAUUGAGCAGCAGGGCGCACACUUCAGGCAGAACCCGAGCAUGUGUAUGGCAUGUGGCAGACAGUUCUGGCUCAGAGUAAACCUUCCCCGGCAUCAGAAACCACAGAACAGAGAGAAGCGCUUCAGAAGGCCCAAAGGUGGCCCCUGUCUUGUACAGAGCCAUGCCCACCCAUCAGAGAUGCCCUUCAUGUGGAUGGAAGGUGGUAAAGACUUCCCAGCCAGCUCAGGUAGGCUCGAGCAGCAAGUGCCUCCAAGUGGAUGGAUGCCACAAAGCAGCACCAAGUGUGAGGAGACCUGUCCCAGCGGGCAGAAGCAGUAUCAGUGCAGUGAAUGUGGGAAAACCUUCAGCCGCAAAGACUCGCUUGUUCAACACCAGAGAGUUCACACUGGAGAAAGGCCUUACGGCUGUGAUGAAUGUGGGAAGACCUUCAGCCGCAAACCCAUACUUAUUCAGCACCAGCGGAUCCACACUGGAGAAAUGCCGUACGAGUGUGGCAUAUGUGGGAAAGUUUUUAAUCACAGCUCCAACCUCAUUGUUCACCAGAGAGUCCACACGGGAGCCAGGCCGUACAAGUGCAGUGAGUGUGGGAAAGCCUACAGUCACAAAUCCACACUGGUUCAGCAUGAGAGUGUGCACACUGGGGAGAGGCCGUACGAGUGCAGCGAGUGUGGGAAAUACUUUGGUCACAAGUACAGACUCAUUAAACACUGGGGUGUCCACACUGGGGCCAGGCCUUACGAAUGCAUUGCAUGUGGGAAGUUCUUCAGCCAAAGCUCCGACCUCAUUGCGCACCAGAGGAUUCACAACGGACGGACACCAGAGAAUCUCUGA